AUGCUGACCGAAUUCGCCGAAACAUGUGGAUGCAUCGGUCUUGAGCUGAAUCUUCAAAAGACGAUGUUCAUGCGGAACGGAUGGAUCUCGGAUGCCCCAUUCACGCUCAACGGAACGAACAUAUCCGAAUGCACCAGCUACGUCUAUCUGGGUCGGGAAUUGAACAUGAUGAACGACCUGGCCCCCGAGCUGGGCAGGAGGAGAAGAGCGGCUUGGGGAGCGUACAAGAGCAUCGAGGACGUAGUGAAGAAGACCAAGAACACCCGGCUCCGUGCUCACCUCUUCAACACCACCGUACUUCCUGCUUUGACCUAUGCCUCAGAAACCUGGGCACUUCGCAAGCAGGAAGAAAACGCGGUGAGCGUCAUUGAACGCGCAAUUGAGAGAGUGAUGCUAGGAGUAUCCCGUUUCAAGCAAGUGAGAGACGGGAUUCGAAGUUCUCUCCUACGUCAGCGAUCGAAGAUCAGAGACGCCGCCGCGUUUGCCAAGGAAAGUAAAAUAAGGUGGGCCGGACACGUGAUGCGCUUUAACGACAACCGUUGGACCAGAGCCGUGAGCGACUGGAUUCCCCGCGAUAUUAAGCGCAAUACAGGAAGACCGCCGACCCGAUGGUCAGAUUUCUUCACGAAGUCCUUCAAAGAAAAUUACGAUGCUCUUCGUGUCCCACGCGAAAGGAGGAACCACUGGGCUACUCUGGCACGCGACCGGGACAAAUGGAAGAAUUACUGGCGCCCGCUCGACCGGUUCGAAGACCAACGGGAGUCAAGUCCGUUCACAAUGCACCCUUGUGCUGCUUCUUCACGUUUUCAAUUUGUUCCAGAUGAUCCAGCAACGAUGGAUGUCAAUUGGUCGUUGUCAAUUUCGCCUGGGCUGCCAAAACGUGUCAUUUUUAAGGCGUUCGUCUUCACUGUGAAACUUUUUGUACCAUCGUUGCACUGUACCUUUGUUGACAGUUCCACAGCCAAACGCGUUUCGAUUUUGGCAGUUGUUUCCAUUGGAUUACCCAAUUUGAACUCAUAG